AUGCUGAUAUCACCUAACGAGCAGAAUCUCUGCAAGCUCCUAAGAGAUCACCCCGCAAACUUCAACCACCGAUACGACAGUAAUGCCAGGCGCGCGCUGGUUCAAAUCCUUUUUCAAUCCUUAGCUGGCGGUCGCGACGACUAUCUGAGCUAUUUCUUCCCCCAGGGCCCACCGCCUGCGUCUCAGCCAUGGAGCCUGCGGACCGCGCAAGGUGCUGUCGAAGGUGCGGAAUACACAGAGGCGGCAAGGGGGCACCCAUGUGGUCACAUAUUCAAGAGCGGGGAGGCAACAUACAGAUGCAAGACGUGCACGGUAGACGACACCUGCGUGCUGUGCGCAAGGUGCUUCGAUGCGUCAGAUCACGAAGGGCACACCGUGUUCGUCAGCAUCUCUCCAGGGAACUCAGGUUGCUGUGACUGUGGCGACGACGAGGCCUGGCUUCGACCUGUUCACUGCAACAUACAUUCGAAGCGCGCAGAGGCGGAUUCGAAAGCUGCCGGGAAGGCAAGGCAGGGCUCUCUGUUGCCAGAAGUCCUUGUUGAAAGCAUAAGGAUUACAAUCGCGCGGACUUUGGACUAUUAUUGCGAUGUCUUCUCCUGCUCACCCGAGCAACUGCGACUUCCCAAAACGGAGCAAACCAUUCUGAAGGAUGAGCGGCUGUCUCGUCUGACGUCCAAGUGGUAUGGGGGAGCGGAUGAGGAACCGUUGAACCACGAGUUUGCCCUGGUCCUGUGGAACGACGAGAAGCACACCGUGAACGAUGUUCGAGAUCAAGUCUCGCGUGCCUGCAAGCAGAGGAAGAAAUUCGGCCUCGAGAAGGCGUUGGAGGUGGAUGAAGUGGGGCGGAGUGUCGUUACCUAUUCCACCGACGUCGAAGAGCUUCUCAGAAUAGCUGAGAUCAUCGAGCAAAUCAAGCUCACAGUCACGAUCCGCUCGGCGAGAGACACCUUUCGGGAGCAGAUGUGCGGUACGAUCAUGGAAUGGAUUACGGAUAUCGCAGGAUGCAGUGCUGGACCGGACCACAACGUACUGCGCAAUGUCAUCUGCGAGGAGAUGCUAAAACCAUGGCGGAUGGGCAGCGAGGCGCAUCACGCUCAGGUGGGCAAGGAUGGCAUCGACGACCACGAAGUUGAGGACGACGAGGAACUGCCCUUCUAUGGUCGCUUCGUGGGUAGGCCGGAGCGACGAGCUCGUCGUGGAGCCCAGGCUGGAGUCGAACAGGUGGGCGAUUCGAGUGAUGAUGAUUCGUAUAGUGAGGCUGAAGACGGCAACGAGAUGGACGUUGACCAAGCUAACGGAGCGGACCAAGAUGGUGAUUAUGAAAUGCGGCUCCGAGACGACUCAGAGGACUACACGGAAGCACAGGAAGCAACACUCGCAGGCUAUCCUCCUCCACCGCCACCGCCACCGCCCCCAGCACCUAGGCGACGGGGACGCGGCCACACACCGCCUGAUUCAGAUGAUGGAGAUCAUCCAGCCUUGCAGGUUGCGCUUCCCGAACCCAUGAAGGUCCCGAGGACUCCCAAAAGAAGGGUCAAAGUUACGCGACCCCCCAAAGCGCCGAAGUACUGGCUUGAAACGCCUGAAGCCUUCAGCAUGAAAGAGGCCGCACCUGUUCAUGAGGACCUGUGGCAGCGUGUACGACUUGAUUACAUGAUUCUAUACGACCUGCGCAUGUGGAAGAAGGCUCGGAUCGACAUGCGCGACGUCUUCAUCACUACUGUGGUAACAAUACCGUCUUUCAAGCGAGUCCUCGGAUUGAGAUUUGCAGGAGUCUAUACAACUCUAGCACAGCUGUAUCUCAUCGCCGACCGUGAGCCGGACCACUCCAUCAUCAAUCUAUCACUACAGAUGCUGACGACGCCGUCGAUCACUGCGGAGGUCAUUGAGCGGGGCAACUUCUUCACGAAUCUGAUGGCAAUUCUCUAUACCUUCCUAACGACCCGCCAAGUCGGAUAUCCGUCCGAUGUCAAUCCUUUAGCUACACUGGCUUUCGAUGCGGGCGCGGUCACGAAUCGCCGAAUGUAUCAUUUCUUCCUCGACAUGAAGUACCUCCUCAGCUCGGACCAGGUUCAGGAACAACUGUGCAACGAAGAACGGUACCUCCUGCAGUUUCUCGAUCUCGUCAAGCUCCAUCAAGGCAUCUGUCCAAAUGUACGCGCAGUUGGCGAGCAUCUUGAGUAUGAAACCGAUGCUUGGAUCAGCGCACAGAUCAUCACCAGGGAGAUCAACAAGCUCUGCCGGCAGUUCUCUGAAGCGUAUUCGUCCACCAGUGACCCGGACUUCGCACGACUGUGUAAGGCUAUUCGACGUACGGCUAAGGUCGUGAUAAUUAAUUCCCUGGGCGCUGAGCGGAGGCGUUUCAGCCAGGCGGAGAUCAAGCAAGAGACGAGGUUCAAGAAGCUAGACCCAUUUGUGUUCGAGAUUGACCUUCGAAAUUUUUCGAAACCUCAGCACAUCAUAGUCGAUUUCAUCAUAGAGAAAGAGCCCAUGAGCUUCCACCAUGCGCUUCACUACACACUUUCAUGGCUCAUUGAUCGUGGAAAGGGGAUGGCUCGCGAUCAAAUGCUUGCGCUGCUACUAUUCUCCGUUCAAGAGCUUAGAGAAGCGCCCGCGCCCUUGAGAGCACUCACACCGGACCUUAACCCAGACCAGUACCUCCUUGCAGCUUUUGACUUUCCGCUUCGCGUCUGUGCGUGGUUAUCGCAGAUGCGAGCCGGGAUGUGGGUGCGGAAUGGCAUAACGUUGCGACAUCAGAUGUCGACUUACCGCGGUGUCAUACAGAGGGAUGUAGCGUACCAACGAGACAUCUUUCUCCUGCAGGCUGCUAUGGUCUUGUGUUCUCCGGCCGCUUUCCUGGCAUCUGUGGUCGAUAGGUUUGGCUUGUUAGAGUGGGUAACAGGUUCGUUCACAGUGCGUCCAGGUUGGGAAGACACUCAGACCAUCGAUGUGGCCGAAGACUUCAUCCAUCUCCUAAUCGUUCUCUUGAGCGAUCGCGCGUCACUGGUACCGUCCGAAAAUGAUGGCAAGCCUCAAAUCAACGCUAUCAGGCGAGACAUUGCUCACAUCCUCUGUUUCAAGCCGCUGUCACACUCGGAGCUCACGCAGCGGCUGUCGGAGAAGAUCCAGGAAGCCGACGAGUUUGCAGAUAUCCUCAGCGAAAUGACCAAGUUUCGGCCACCAGAGGGCCUUUCAGACUCCGGCACCUUCGAGUUGAAAGAACAAUUUGUGGAAGAGAUCGACCCAUACAACGCCCAAUACACACGUAAUCAGCGCGAGGAAGCAGAGAAUAUCUACAAGAAGUACAUGGCGAAGAAGACGGGCCGACCGCCGGCAGAGAUUGUUUUCGAGCCAAGGCUACAUCCAAUCUCGUCAGGCGUCUUCCAGAGCCUGGCUGACUUUACGAAAAUUCCUCUCUUCGCACAGGUAAUCUACUACUUCCUGAAAUAUGUGGGCCAUGCCCCUGAGAUUGCUCCGAAUGUACCAACUUCCCGGAUAGAGGGAUUUUUGCAGUUUGUUCUGCAACUUGUUCUCUUAGCGGUCAAUGAAGAUGACAGCGACGAGGACCAUCUCUCCGAAGGCCCAGCACAGUCGUUUGUCAGCUUCGUUCUGCUCAAGCGUCUGCCCAACGUACACAUAGGCCAGGCCACGAUCUUAUCCUUGCUGCAAAAUAUACUGCGCGCGCAAAUUUACAGCGGUUGUGAGCCAAAGAUUCGGCUGAUCCUCCACCGACUUCAGCAGAAGCAACCAAGUACAUACGCAGCAGCAACCUCAACGUUGGACUUACCAGGCGACAGGAUGGACACGGCAUCGCCAGCACCUCCUGACGCACAGGAGAAGGAACUGAAAAAGAGGCAAGCAUUAGAACGACAAGCUAGGGUCAUGGCCGCGAUGAAAGAGCAGCAGAGCAACUUCAUGGCUAAUCAAGCAGUUGAUUGGGGUGAUGAAGACUAUAGCGAUGCCGAUGAAGAUACAGCUGUGUCUCCAACAGACCAACACCAGACCUGGAAGUUCCCCUCCGGGACCUGCAUUCUGUGCCAGGAAGAAACGGACGACCAGCGUUUGUACGGGACGUUCGCCUUCAUCACAGAGAGCAGCAUCCUCCGACAGACGAACAUACAAGACCGGGAUUGGGUUGCAGAAGUCGUGAGCACACCGAUGAGUCUUGAUCGUUCAGCAGAAUCUAUCCGGCCGUUUGGUGUGGCUGGCCAGAACCGGCGAAGAGUUGAAAAGGUCACCUCGGACGGGACAAAGAUCAUCACUGAACGGCAGGAUCUAGGUAAAGGCUUCCCUCACGGCCAUAUAAGACGUGGGCCGAUUACUACAGGUUGCGGACACAUCAUGCACUAUGCAUGCUUCGAGAACUACAACCAAGCGACUCAGCGGAGACAUAUCAAUCAAAUAGCGCGGAACCAUCCCGAGCGACCUGAUGCUAAGGAAUUUCUCUGUCCGUUGUGUAAAGCCCUUGGUAACGUCUUCUUGCCGAUUAUCUGGAAAGACAAGACACUCGGCUACCCCGACGCGGUCGCUCCUGAAGUCCCGUUUGAACAAUGGAUCGUCGGUCAGCUGCCUGUCCACGUGUCGAAGCUAUACAAGGGCCCCGAAAAGCUGGAGAGCCAUGAGACGCCGGCGGCGGUCGCUCGAAGCCAGAAGUUCUUCCUGGAUUACGCGUCUCAAGAGGUUGUCACGUCAUUGGCAUCCGGGUUUCCUGACCUGACAGGAAUUGUCCCCUUGAUCAUGCCGCCUUCGCAACCUCCGCGUAGUAAUGUUCAACUAUUGCCUGCAGUUUUGCCGCUUGCCUAUGACGAUCCACGGGAUCCGUUGUUCUUCCCGGAACAGUCCCUUCCUAGCGUGAGUCUACCAAUGCUGGAGCUUACGAGGAUCUACCAACGGCUUCGAGAUACUAUGAGGGUGAACUCGCUAUACACACGAUAUAGCUACACGCACACGCCAUCUGCAAUUGUGGAAGAUCUUACACAUACAGACACGUUAGCUAGAACACUUGGAUUUUCCAUUGCAUCGACAGAGAUAGCUCAGAGGGGAGUAGAAUGCGACGUUGGGACAACCCUCCUGGACAAGAUUCCCAGUUCAACCCUGACGCACCUCCGAAUCCUGUCCGAGACUAUUCUAUCAUACAAUGCAGUUGGCUGUUUGCGUAACGACGGGUCAAACAAGACCAACCAAGAGUUUCUGGAGACCCAGAUCAGACAGUUGCGCCAGCUGUUCAUUGGGCACCCCUAUCUCUACGAACGGGAUGCACUCGAACUCGAACUCAGAGGCCUGCCACCGCUUCUAGAGCAAGACCCCUUCGUCUUCCUGACCGAGUGCGCAGUCUGCAUCGUUCCUGUCAUGCAUCUGGACAUCCACCACAUUCUACGACUCUGUUACCUAGCGGAAAUUAUACGAGUGAUAGUUACCUUCGUCGCCCAACCGAAGAGUGUCUGGCCAUUCGGCUCGUCUGCCGCAACCGCUCAGGGCAACUCAAAGCUUACGUACGAGCAGAAGUCCCAGUGUGCGCCAGAACAAGCACUGGCAUUCCGGGCUUUUCUCGAUCGUAUCGUAAAUACGUAUCUUCGUGAGGGACCAUUCACUAGCGCCGAAGACGGUACUGGCGUCGCGCUCGAACUGGCAGACUCUCUCUCCUCUGAGUCCUGGCCUCCUUCCCCGUUAAAGCCGACCUACGCAACCUCACUCAAUCCCGUUCAUAUCCGUAGGCGCCUCGAGCAGCCAGAGUGCUGGCGCUUCCUCCGUACGCUAAUCACCAGCUACGCCCUCCCCUUCUUGCGUAAGGCCGUCAUCCUAAUGCAUGUCCGUUUCGGCGUGGACUUCCCCUUCGCCGGUCCCGGAUCUGCCAACGACUCCGAACUGGACAGACUCUCAAGAGCCUUACAACUUCCCUUGCUGGACCAGAUCUUCGAGAGUUACAUGUCCGACGAGGCCCACGGUUCUACUACCCGCUCUCUUGUGACGGGCUGGAUAAGGCACUGGACUUGGUCACGUGAUGUUAAGCAGCGACCCCCGCGUCCAGGCAUAACACUCAGUCACCCGGCUAUCUUUGAGCUGGUGGGUCUGCCGAAGAACUACGACACGCUUACGGACGAGGCCAUAAAGCGGAAGUGCCCGACGACCGGCAAGGACAUUACGGACCCGGCUGUGUGUCUUUUCUGCGGCGACAUCUUUUGUAGCCAGGCUGUGUGCUGCAGUACUCUUAGGGGUACCUUGACUAUGGGGAAGGGGGGAUGUAAUCGGCAUAUGGCAAAAUGCGGCGUAAACGUCGGUCUCUUCAUCAACAUCCGCAAAUGCAUGGUCCUCUAUCUGCACAACGGACAUGGCAGCUGGUCUGUUGCGCCUUAUCUCGAUAAGCACGGCGAGUCGGACCCGACGCUCCGCAGACAUCAUCAGCUGUUCUUGAACCAGAAGCGCUACGACCAGCUGCUGCGGAAUGUUUGGCUGAAUCACGGGAUCCCGAGCACGAUUGCUCGAAGGCUUGAAGGGGAUGUGAAUAAUGGGGGCUGGGAGACGCUGUAG